CCCGGCCCUGCUGCUGCGGCGGCGGCGGCGGCUGGUGUGUGUCUCUCCAGACGUCUGUCUGGCUCUCCCUGAAGCCCCGCACUGCGCGUGCGCCGACGCCGGCGCUGUCGCUUCAAGAAGCGGCUCGGUGGUUGCCCGAGAGGAGUAAGCUAGGCAGUCCCCGGAAAUGAACUCUGUUCCGUCCCGAGGACUGGCACGGUAGUUCCUCCGCCGCCGCCGCCGCCGCCGAGAGGGCGUCUCAGAACAAUGCUCUAAUAAACAUUCUUCUACCUGGACCUUGAUGCAAAGGUAUUGGCGUUUUCAAGACACCAAGACACAAGAUACAUGCUUUGGAGUCGUAGGAGAAUUGUGGAUUCAAAAGGGUUUCUCUACAUAGCCAUGGCUGUCCUGGCGUUCACUAUUUAGACCCACUGGCCCCCAAGUCACAGAGUUCCACCUGCCUCUACCUCCUUAGUGCUGGGAUUAAAGACCUGUAAUGGCCAAAUACUACAGUGAAGUUCCAAGUUUGCAACAAGAUGAUUCAGUUAUAGAAGGAGUAAGUGACCAAGUACUUGUGGCAGUGGUGGUCAGUUUUACUUUGAUUGCUACUCUCCUGUAUGCACUUUUCAGAAAUGUACAGCACAACAUUCAUCCAGAAAACCAAGAACUAGUCAGGGUGCUUCGAGAGCAACUUCAAACAGAACAGGAUGUCCCUGCUCCUGCUCGACAGCAAUUCUACACUGAAAUGUACUGUCCAAUCUGCUUACAUCAGGCCUCCUUUCCUGUUGAAACAAACUGUGGACAUCUUUUUUGUGGUUCCUGCAUAAUUGCAUAUUGGCGAUAUGGGUCCUGGCUCGGUGCAAUCAGUUGUCCAAUCUGUAGACAAACGGUAACUCUCCUCCUAACAGUAUUUGGUGAAGAUGAUCAAUCUCAGGAUGUUGUAAGAUUGCGUCAAGAUGUUAAUGAUUAUAACCGGAGAUUCUCAGGGCAGCCUAGAUCUAUUAUGGAAAGAAUCAUGGAUCUCCCCACCUUGCUGAGACAUGCAUUCAGGGAAGUGUUUUCAGUUGGGGGUCUCUUCUGGAUGUUCCGAAUUAGGAUAAUGCUUUGUUUAAUGGGAGCUUUUUUCUAUCUAAUAUCGCCUCUAGAUUUUGUACCUGAAGCCUUGUUUGGAAUUCUGGGCUUUCUAGAUGACUUCUUUGUUAUCUUUUUGUUGCUUAUCUACAUCUCUAUUAUGUACCGAGAAGUGAUAACCCAAAGACUAGCUAGAUGAGAAAAAUUAGUUUACUAGAAUAUCUGAGCUUAUAUAAAAAAUCCAAUAAAAGGAUCCAUGGCAGUAUCCAUCAUCCAACUAUUUUACAAGCUUAAAGCUUUGGGUUAUCAUUUGACAAAUGCCUAACAAUAUACAACUGGAAUUUUUACAUAAUACAGGUUCUAAUGUUAAGAUGAGAUUAUAGUGAUCUACAGCUUUAUCUCAAUUCUGUGUGUCUGUAAAAAAAUAUGGAACCAAUUGAAAAAGGAUAUUUUGUGGUUUCUUUUUCUCCAAAUUACUUAGCUAAAUUAGAUACAUAGUCCAAUAUUGCUAAAUGUACAAAUCAUCCUCCUCGGUGGGUACCCAUACAAUAAUAGAGAAUAUUUUUGUUAACGUCAAAUAUUGUAUGAUACUAGGGAAAAGUCAGUGUCUCCGUGUUUCCUAAGCUUUGUGGACCUGGAGCAGCUCUGCUUUUUCAUUUUUGUCUAAUUCUUUGUGAUCAGCUGAAAAUGAAAGAAACCUGAACUUCAUGAUUUGACUAUAUUUCAGUCUAUGAAACACUUUAAUCAGCAGGAGAAUUAACAAAGUCAAAAACGUGCAUUUCCAGGAGGCACUUUUGACAUUCAGUUGUGACAUUUAACCAAGAGUUGGCCUUUUUUUUUUUGGUUUUUCGAGACAGGGUUUCUCUGUGUAGCUUUGCGCCUUUCCUGGAACUCACUUGGUAACCCAGACUGGCCUCGAACUCACAGAGAUCCGCCUGGCUCUGCCUCCUGAGUGCUGGGAUUAAAAGCGUGUGCCACCACCGCCCGGCAAGAGUUGGCCUUUUUAUAGAAACAAAUAUUAAAGUAACUUGUAGCCAGUUGUGAUGGCUUUAUACUUGUAAUUCUGCAUUCAGGAAGCUGAGGUAGGAGAUUGCCGCAAGUUCAAGUUCUGCCUGGGCUAUAUAAUGAGUUCCAGGUCAACUUGAGCUUUAGAGUAAGGUCCUGCUCAAACCAAAAGCAAGGCUGUGGGUAAAGGUGCUUGCUGUCAAACUUGACACCCCAGGUUCGAACCCUGGGUCUCACAUAGUGGAAGGAGAGAAGAGACCCUACACGUUGUCCUCUGACCUUCACGUGUGCACGGUGGCUCCUAUGUGUGCACACACACAGUAAAUAAAAGCAACUAAAGAGAAAACAUCAAAGCAGCUUGUAAAGGGAACUUGUUUUGUUUUAGGAACCUAAGUAAUAUUGCAAACACUUAGUAGUUUGACACAUUUUUGAGGAAACAGGAUCUUCACUUCUCUUGGUGUUAGGGGCUUUGGGAAGGUAGUAAGAACAGUGUUUAUAUUUUACAAAGUAUGAGUUAACUCUUGCAGCAAAAUGAAGACGUUUGAUUAGUUGUCUGUUGCCCUGAAAAUGCAAAUACUAUCUUGUAGGUGGCAGUAUUUGACUCAGAUUCAUCAUGUCUUGGGCAGAAUGAGGAAAUGUGUAGGAGAUAACUAUAUAGUGAGGUUCACUUGUUUUUUGAUGGUCAUGAUACAGAAUGUAAGGCCUGUGAUUCUUUUAAGCGUGAGAUCCUCAUUUCAGCUGACACUGCUUACCGGUGAGCAGCUGACAGGAGCGUGUAAGAUGAUGCCCAGAGAUACUUUGUCAUCUGAAAUUAUCAUUGUCAUCGUAGUCAGCAUCAGUGUGUGUAUUUAGGAACAGGACAUAAAGCUAAAAUCUGUCACAUUCCCAAAUUAAUCAAAUUAGCUGCCACAUAAUGAGAUUCUGAAUGAAAUGUCAAUUUGUUUCCUAAUUUAGACUUAAGAGAGCUGUUGUCUGCCAUUAGAAACAAAAUACCAAAAAACAGCACUUAGAUAUAACAUGAUCAAUGCAAUUUCUCAUACUUUUUCCUCUUAUCUGUAGGGAAUUUUCUAAGCAAGGUAGGGUGUCAUCAGCUUCCUGUUUCAGAGAUGAAAUCUUCAUCCUGUGGAUGAAAAAUUUUUGUUUUAUUUCCUAACAUAUAAUGGAACUAGUGAUAUUUAGAUAGACAUGAAAGCUAGUUUGAGGAGAACCUGGAAUUCUUUGGAAGUCAAGUUUUCAUAAUUAUUCCUUCACUGGAACAGUUUUGGUGCUUCUGAACAGAAAGCUCAAGAAGGAAGAUUCGCCUAUGGCUUCAUCAAUCUUGAGUGUAUACUUCCAAAUCAAGUAAGAGUGGCAUGCACCAUAGAAAAACAUGGCCACUCAUCACUAACUUGGAAAGCUGUUAAAUAGUAGGAGCUUGUUACCAGACUGGAAAACAUUUUUUUUUCCUUUUAAAAUACCGUUUAAAAAUUCAGUGUGGGCUACCGACAGUGUGAUUUUCUGAAAUGGUUUUAUUUACUGGCGUUCUUUUCCAGAUGUCAGUUCUGUAAUAUUUGGAGUUACUACUAAUACCUGGGAAGGGGUGUACUGUACAAAACCACUGUGUGACUGAAGUCUUCCUAAACCAAAAGGGAACAUACUGAUAUAUCAGAAUCUUAUACCUCCCACUCCCUCAUCUUUACUGAUCAUUAGAGAUAAAUGCAAAAUCAGUUUGAAGUAUUUAAGCAAGUACAGUCAAUCAGUGUUUUAAAUAUCACAGUGAUACUUCUGUGCUCAGAGGUCAUGAGAAGCAGCAAUUUGAUUUUUUAAACAAAACAUAGUCACAAAAGAGAUGGUGUAAGCCCAGAACAGACAACAGUCUGAGCAGCUCUCUGGGGAAUGAGAAGGAAACUUAGGUUAACAGCUCACUAGAACAGGGGUUCGACCGCCUGCCAUCCUCAGUGGUCCACAGGACAGCAGACUGUUCCUGAGCCCCGCGGCUGUGUAGAUGCCUACCUCAGUCUGCAGAAAGUCAGAGGCUUCUCUCAAAUUUGUGAUGUGGAGUUUGUUCAGAGUUUAUUCUUUGGAAUAAAAAUAGUGUAUCUAAAAAUUUUAAGGUGUUAUGUUUAUUUCUUUGUUUACUUUAAAAUUUACAACUCUUCAAAGACCACAGUCACAGUAGCUUUUAAAACAUGUUGCAUAUUAAUAUUUUACUCUUUACAAUAUUCCAUACAUUGUACACAUUUGUUUUUGUACAUAUAAAUUCCUUUAUAGAUCUGUGUCCAAAAUAAUAUCCACUUUAUUGUAAUUUAUUUACUCAGUGCUAAUUUUGGCUAUACAUAUUUUUUAUUUAUGCUGCAGCUCAACUCAGUAUUAAUGAUGAACUACAGGAGGGGAAUUUUCCCUUUCUCAUUUUUAUAGGGUAGAAUGUGAUGUUUUUACACAUUUGUACGUGAUCAACUUAGGCUGUGAACAUUCCCAUCACCUGAAUCCACAAAGUCUAGGUCCAGUGUGAGCACAGGAGAGACCAGGGACUGAAGAGAUGGAUCAGUGGUUAAGAACACUGGCUACUUUUCUUCCUGCCUUUAUUGUCUAAGUGCUGUGAUUACAAGCAUGGACACCAUGUCUAGUUUGUGGUUUGCUAGGGAUUGAACUUGGGGCCUUUCUGCACGUUAAGCAAACACACCAACACCUGAGCGAGCUAUAUCCCUAGACCUUGUUUAGUUAUACUUUUUUUUAUAUCAUAGUGUUCCCAGAGGUCAGAGGACAACUUUCAGGAGUUGGUUCUGUCUUUCUACCAUGUGAGUUCCAGGGAUUGAACUCAGGUCGUCAUGCUUGGCAGCCCUUAUGUAUAUAUGCCAUCUUGCCAGCCCUGGAUUUGUUUUCCUUUUUAAGACAGGGUCUCAAUACAUAGCCCUGGCUAGUUUUGAUUUUACAGAGAAAUGCCUGACCCUGCCUCUUAAGUGCUGUAAUCAAAGGUGUGUGUCACAACACCUGGCCUCUGUUUAUGUAUUCUUUUGUUGUUUUGUUUUUUGAGACAGGGUUUCUCUGUGUGGCUUUGGAGCCUGUCCUGGAUCUCACACAGCCCAACCUGGCCUUGAACUCACAGAGAUCCGCCUGCCUCUGCCUCCCAGUGCUGGGAUUAAAGGCAUGCACCACCACUGCCCAGCUGUUUAUAUAUUCUUAAAUUAAAAAAAAAAAAACCUGUGUUUUUAAAGAAAGCAAAUUAAUUUGGCAAUCUGUUAAUUCUGGAUACAAAAGGUUGAAGUUACCUCAAUGUCUCUUUCUUUGUUCAGAGAUUUCAUCAAGGAGCCCUGUUAGCGUAAGUAAACCAGGCUGGUCUAAAACUCGUGGUGACCUUUCUGGGAUUGCAGGGGUGAACCACUGUACCCAGUUCUUAAACAGUAUCUCUUUAGAAUUGGCCUUGGCUGACCACUCAUUCCUCAGGCUAACACACAUCUUGCAUUAAAGUUUUGCUGACCCAAUUUCAGUUUGUCUUUCUAUUCAGAAAGUCUUUCUCUCCUCUCUCCUGGCUAACUCAACUUUGAGAACAGUUUAAUCUUCAAAAUGAAGCCUUUAAAGACAAUCGAUGCAUAUGCAGCAUUAGACAUAAUACAAGAUCCUGUGUAUAAUUUACCUAGUUUCAUCCAGUGGUACAGUACAGUCAUUGGUAUUAGCGACUAGAAUCAGAACCAAGAUACUGAUUCUGUUACAGUCAAGACUUCUGUAGGAGAGUUUUAUCUCCGCAAGGAUUCUUCAUACCCCUUUUCACUCACACUUUUCCUCCCCGAUAACCUUGUUUGUUUUCUUGAUUUUUUUUUUUUUUGAGAUAAGGUUUCUCUGAAUAGCCCUGGCUGCCCUAGAACUCACAUUGUAGACCAGGCUGGCCUAGUGCUGGGAUUAAAGGUGUGAGCCACCACUGCUUGACCCCAUAACCUUAACUGCAGGAAACCACUAAUGUGCUCUCCUUUCUAUAAUUUUGUCAUUUUCAAGAAUAAUACUUGGGCAUAGUGGUACCUACCUUUAAUCCCAGCAUUCAGGAGGCAGAGGCAGGAGGAUUUCUGAGUUCAAGGCCAUCCUGGUCUGUGGGAUGUCCUUCUGUAUGCUGUGAAUGUGUGUUGCUCUCAUUGUUAAUAAUAAAGCUGAUUGGCUGAUAGGCAGGAAGUAUGAGUAAGACAACCAAACUAAGGAAGGGAAGAGAGCUGCAGAGUCACGCAGCCGCCAGCUAGCUGCCGAGGAAGCAAGAUGUGUAGAAAAAUGAGGUAACAAGCCAUGAACUACAUGGCAAAGUAUAGAUGAGAAAUAUGGGUUAAUUUAAGAGUAAGAGCUAGUUAGUAAUAAGCCUGAGCUACCAGCUGAUCAUUUUAAUUAAGCCUCUGAGUGGUUAUUCAGGAACCAUCCAUUUACACUGGUCUACAUAAUGUGUUCUGGGAUGGCUAGAGGUAGAGUCUGGGGGCUAAGGAAGUUGUUACAAAAAUACAUAAUUUGCAACCUUUUGAGUAUUUUAACAUGCAUCGUGAUUUGAACUAUCCAUGUUGGGUAGGCCAAUAGUUCAUUCUUUUACUAUUAGUAUUCUGUAGACCAUGGUUUGCUUAACCAUUAGUCCACUAAAGUAAUCUGGAUUGUGCAGGCUAGGUGGCAAGUGCUUUAGCUUGCUGAGCCAUCUUGCUGGAUCCAACACGUUUUAAGGUCACUGGCAUCUAAUAAUUUGGAUGUUAAUUGGCUUGUUUAUUGUGCUUGGAGUCAGACCCAGGGGCUUGUCUAUAUCAGGCAAGCAUUGGACUACAUCCCCAGCCCAUUUAGUUUGUUUUGCAUGAGACAGGGUCUCACUGUGUAUCCUUAGCUGGCUUGGAACUUGCUGUGUGUACCAGGCAGGCCUAAAUUCAGAGAUCUGUCUGCCUCUCUUUGCCUCCUGAGUGCUGGGAUUAAAGGCAUGCAUCACCACAUCUGGCAACAUUCUUAAGGUUACUAUAAACAAAUAUAUAAAGAAAACAAGGUAGAGUGUAGACUUAAACAAGCUUGUACUUUAUUACUCACUGCCUGGCUUUCUCUUGUGUGUUUCAAUUGUAUGUUGGGUAAUGCAUUUUGAUUUUGCACCCCCAUGUUGGCAGUAGCAUCCCUUGCCCUACCCCAGUUCCAAUGUAUGAUGAAUGUGUUCUAUACUUCACCAUUUUGUUAAACUAUUGUCCAUAAACCUGGGACUCAGCUGUGGAGAAACAAGAGGUACUAAGGCUCUCAGACCAAUGGUUCUCAACCUGUGGGUUGAGACCCGAGUGUUAACCCUUUCACAGGUCACCUGAGACCAUCAGAAAACACAAAUAUUUAUAUUACAAUUCAUAACAGUAGUGAAAUUACAAAAUAAUUUUAUGGUUGUGGACACAACAUGAGGAAUUGUAUUUAAAGGUCGGGCAUUAGGAAGGUUGAGGACCACUGCUCUGAGACACUAAGACUUAAGAAAUCUCCAGUGUCGUGUCAAUAAACUUUGAGGCCUGCCAGCAGGGACCUAAACCAUUUCAUGGCAUUAAUAUUAGCUGUAAGCAUUCAAUCUUUGACCUUAAGUAAACUUGGGUCUUAUCAGUCACUGUCUGCAUCUUCUGAUAUAUUCCAUAUCCCAAAAUGAGAGAGUGGGUGUACCAUGAGGAAACAUGCCAUCUAGUUCAGCUUCGGUGGUACAUGCUUAGAAUCCCAUCACUCUGGAGGUAGAGGCAGGAGGAUCAUUCCAAGUUUGAGGCCAGUCUGGGCUAUAAAGUGAGCCCUUGACUCAAAACACAAACUAAUUAUCUGUUCAAAGUCCCUUAUAGUGCAAGCUUUAUUCUUUGAGACUAUGGGACUAUAGUCUUUUUUUUUUUUUUUCCUCACUAUUUUUGAGAUGGGAUCUUGUUUAGUCUUUCUGGCCUCAAGCUCACCUAGGUAGGUGGUAUUGGAUAGCUGAUUCUCUUAGCUCCUAAGAGCUGGGAUUUCAGGUCUGUACCAUCAUGUUUGGCUUUCUCAGAGUAGUCUUUUAGAGGAUAUAUACCAUGAUGUAGUAAAGGAUUACGGAACAGAUGGAGGAAAAAAAUGUGUCUAUGCUGUUCCAGGCAUGCCACUGCACUUGGGAUCAGAGGAUGAAUUACAAGUCAUUUCUUCCUCCUACAGUGUGGGAUCUGGAGAUUGAAUUAAGGUCAUCAGGCUAGGUGGCAAGUGUCUUUAACUUGCUGAGCCAUCUUCCUGACUCCCUCAGAUGGUUUAAGGUCACUGACAUCUAAUAAUUUGGACUUUAAUUAGCUCAUUUAUUAUGCUUGGAAUCAAACCUAGGGCCUUGUUUGUACUAGGCAAGCAUUGGACGACAUCCCUAACCCAAUUAGUUUAAAAACACAAUUUAAAGGGAAAAAAUAGCGUUCAGAAAAAUAGUCACCUUUGGCAGCCGCACCGCAGAAAGAAUAGGACUUACGCUAAGCUAUACAAGUGUGGCCUUCUUGUAAACUACUGACACUAAAUUGUCGGUUAAGAGAGUCUGGAUGUCUUACCAGUGGCCAAUAUAAAAUGCCAGGCUGACCUUUUUUCUUUUCUGUAUUUUUAGUGGUACAGUGCUGAAGAUCAAGGCCAAGGCCUGUGCAGUUAGGCAAGUACUCUACCUUGGAGCCUAGACCAACAUCUGACAUGUAAUAACUUUUGUUUAUAUGGUUUGGAAUGCAUGCCAGGGUCAUUUGGUAGGCAAAAUGGCAGUUAAAACCAAAGUGGCUAUUGGCAGUCAUGCUGGAUCCUUAAAAUAUAACACUGUACAUGUAUGUUUGUAUAUAAAGUGAGCACUAAUUUCUGGGGAUUCAAAACCUAUUUGUGAAUCCCACAUUAAAGCUUUUUUUAAAAACUUA